CUUUUUAUUAUUCAUUUUACGAUAUAAAAUAUCCACAAAACAAAGAUUGAAAAUCAAUAUGAUCUGCCCAAUAGAUGGCAGUAAGUGAUGAUAAUGAUGAAAUAUCGCUGAACAUGUCGAACGAUGGCCGAUGAUGUUUUCGGUGAUUCAGAUGGUGAUGAUGAAUUAGCCUUGGCAUCAAGAGAAUUCGAAAGAGAUUUGAAUCGUAUUGAAAAUUCAGCAUUCCAUGACGCUUUUGAGGAAACACGAGACAAAUUGACACAGCAAUCCUUCGAUGAUGGAUAUUCGAUUGCUUUUCCAUAUUUCGAAAAGAUAGGACAUCUAGAAGGAUUCAAUGAUGUUUUGAUUUAUAAAAUGAGACAUCAGGAUGAAGUUCUUAAUCGUAUGAAACAAAUCAAAUCUCGGAUAUCAAGAUUGUAUAUGCAACUAGAUCAAGAAUUGGAACAGCAGAUGAAUUCAAAUGUUGAGCGAAAAUUGUAUGAAAUAUCCGAAGAAAUGAUGAUGGAAAACAUUAAGCCGAGUAAUGAAUUGAUCAAUGAAUUCAAUCAGAUCAAAGCCGAAAUCAUUGAAUGUGCAAAAUUGGCUGAUUUAAAUUUCGAUGAGCGAAUCAUCGGUAAAAUUAAUGAUAUAAAUUUGUGAAAUUUUUAUUUAUUACAACAUUGUUCUAAUAAAACAAAAACAAUACAUGGAA